GUUGACGAGCAGCAUGCAAAACAUCAUAAACAAACACUGUAUAUGAACCAUGCAAACUUUAUGGGCAGAAGAGCUCAGUACUGGCGGAAACUAUCUGCAUGGGACUGAUCAUGUUUCCACCUGUACUCUGCCUGUACAGGGCUCUAGCAGGCAGAAUGUUUCUCAGGUAGAAAGUAGAGGAAAGUUAUCGUUGAGAUAGUUUUCAACCAUGAUGUCAUGUCACUACCUCCUUGGAUGCUCAUAAAAACAGGCUGUAAAGCUGUGUAAAUAUAGCUCUCGGUGACACCUAGGGCUGGGCCAGACAUGUGUUAGCUGAUGCAUCCAGAGCAUGUGGGCUAGCCAGCCCUCAGCACUGACACAGUUUGUGAUCCCUUGUGGGGGAGACUUAGAUAGAGUUUCCCCUGUGCCUCCGGUGAUAUUAAUAAACACAAAGUGUGCCUAUGUUUUCCUGGAGACAGACACACUGUCCUUAAAGCUAAAAGCGAACUCUGUCCAUAGCUGUCUGCACAUCUAUCUGGACCAUCGCCUCCGAGCAAAAUUACUUCCUAGUGCCCACAUGGACAAUCAAGGAUCAACAGAGGAUGGAAAAGACAUGGCAUCUACUGAGGACUCGCCCAUGGAACUUAGAUUUGUUGGAGAGAUCACAGAAAACAGCCACAGCGACUCUGAAACAGAGACAAUCAUUCCCCAAGAUGAGCAGACACAACACCCCACAGUGCAAACCGACCAGGCGGUCAUGGACAACUUGGGGCUUCUCUUCGAACGCUGCAUCCAGCAAGUGUCCCGUCUGGAGGAGCAGAGGGACGAGCUGAUACAGGAGCUCCUCCGCCUGCAGGAGCCCAUGCUGCGAGUUGUGGAGCACCUGAGGGGGAAGGUGGCGGCGAUGCAGAGGCUGCUCACUCUGGCUCAGCUGGAUUACAUGGCUGUUUAUGGGGAAGUGCAGCAGGUGAAGAGGAAACUGUUUGCCACAGCCAAAGACUGCAUCCAGAGCCAGGUGACGCUGGCUGCACACGAGUACGAGGUGGCUCAGUCUGCAGUUACACAGGAGGAGCUCAAGGCCCACAUCCAAACUCUGACUCAGGAGCUAUCCCAGCUCCAGGAGGCCCAGAAAAACCAGCUGAACUCUCUGAGGGACCAGGCCUCUAAGCCCUGCAGGCCCAGGGCCAUGAGCGACGUCAGCCAGUGCCGGCAGGCGUCCGUCAGACUGCAGCGGCGGCUCAGCGGCAGUGUGAAGGCACUGGAGGGCUGGUAUGAGCCUCGGCUCAUGGCUCUGCUGAGGAGGAGGCAGAUCGGGGAGGACGCUUUGAGAAAGAGCAGGGAGCAGGCGAUGGACCUGAAGGCCAGAUUGGGGCCCCUGAGAGAGGACAUACAGAGAAUGGAGGUGCAGAGGUCCUGUCUGGAGCAGAGGAUCUCUCUGAUGGAGAGGGAGAGGGAGGAGAGCAUCACACGACACAAGGAGACUGUGGAGAAAUUAAAAGAGACUCUGAGAGAAGUAGAAGUGGAGUUUGAGGUUCAAAGAAAAUCCAAGGAAGAUUUGGAGCAGCUUAAAGAUGGCCUUUUAACAGAGCUGACAUUUCUGAGAGGAGGUGAUGAAGCCAGUGAAACCACUGCACAGGAAGAGCCCUGAUUUUCUAUUUCCAGUGAAUAUUCUCAACCAGGAUAUCUACACCAGACCAAACAAUGGCACUGCAUUUACAUUUGUUGUCAAACAACUUAAAAGUGAUAUAUAUGUAGCAUUAUUCAAACUUUGCUUCUACUGUCUCUUAACAUCUGACACGUGUACCUAGAAACAAAGCAAAAAGAUUUAAUGUAAAUAUUUUUAUUAUGAAUAUACUUAAGUACACAAGAGAUCAGAUGCAGCACAGAAAAAAACAAACAAAAAAAAAACGUAGAGGAAAAAAAACACAUACAAGUGACAACACACAAUCUUGGAAAAUUCAUACUACAAAUAUCAAGCAAAUAAAAGGAAAACCUACAGUAUGUACAAUUUUAUUAAAAAUGGAUCUCUGUAGAAAUGUUUUCAGCACAACUAAUCAAGAUGAAAGAAAUAAAACCAUCAAAAUGCAAACCUGAACAAUGAUGUGCUCAUCUGAUGGUUUCAUCACAAGCCAGAGUGGAGAACUGGGAGUUUGAAAAACUAAAAGAUCUAAAAAUCUGACUGAUACAGACUGGAUUUUAAAUACUUCACAACAUGAUGACGACGCAGCAUUUUUUCUUUAAUUUUCUACAAAACCACUGCUGCCCAAAAUGUGUUUUUUAUUUUAUUUAAAAAAGACAUUACUGCUUAUGCACCCAACACUGGAAAAGUGAUCCAUUUUUAACAA